AUGAAUACUAAAAAACGAAAAUCCAAAGACCAUACUGACUUCAAUGCAAUAUCGAAUUCUGAUACUAGUCUUGAGUGUAAUAAUACUUCUAGUGAUGAAUCAUUAAGUGAAGAUAAUAUUAGUACAGACCUUAAUAUUAUUACAGAUCAUUCUGAUAAAACUAGUGAUACAGACCAUUCUAAUAAAAAUAAUAAUCCAAACCGUUUUAAUAAAAAACCUG